AUGAUGAGUAUUUUUCCGAAAACUCUUGUGAAACACAUCGGGGCCAAUCGAAAUAACGAGAAACGCCGACGGUUAGAAACGGCGAUAGAGUGUGCGGUUAGCAUCAUGCGCACUAUUCAAUUCAAGCUAAUCCACUUCAACGGUGAAUCUGUCGAGUUCAAACUCGAGUCUUCUGAAGACGUCGUCGACAAAUUGGCAGCCAAACUCGCCGAAUUCGAUCUUGAAUUCGACAAUUCGGUUUAUUGGAAGAAACCGAAGAAUGGAGCAUUGGUGCCACUCAAUGAUCCGAAUCACGUUAAGAGAAUCCUGAAAAAAUUCGGAGAUUCGAUGAUCAAGCUGUACGCCUUUGGAGAUCAUUUGGAUUCAAGCUCAGACGAUUCCGAUGGUGACGACGACGACGACGUCGAGGAGAUCGUUGUGAAGAGCUGCAAGAACAAACGAGAGCACGGAAAGGGACAUCGAGGAUUCGGAAGGAAGCAUUGCGACAAGUUCGGAGGACCACACAAGUUCUGGAAGCACUUCGCCCAUCGCCGUCAUCACGGAUUCCCUGGACCACAUCACUUUGGGGGCCCAUGGGAAUUCCCAGGACAUCCUCAUCACGGACCACGCGGAUUCGAAAGAUCGUGCCGAUUCCGAGGACCAUGGAACUUCAGCGACUUCGAAGGACCACGUGGAUUCCCAGGACACCACGGACCAUGGGAAUUCCCCGGUCAUCGCCACGGACCACGCGGCUUCGGCGGACCAUGCGGAAAAGGAUUCCGCGGGAUUCGCGGAUCGUUCGAAUGCUAA